AUGAAUAGUAGAUUAAAAUUCAAAAUAAAUGAAUUAAAAUUUGAUUUAAAAGCUAAACCAAGCUUUGAGGAUGCCAUGAGUUAAUAUUAUUAAAGUCCUGACAAUCCAGAAGUUAUCCUGGAAAGGAUUUUUAUUGAGAGUGAAGAAGAAUUGUUUUAUUUGUUUAACGAAUAUAAUGCAGUUGUAAAUGGCUAAUUGUUCAAAAUGAAAAAUAUUAUCAAAUAUUACGACUAUCACUUUGAUGAUGUGAAGAAGGAGCUUCUGGUUUUGAGAGAAUACUCUAGAAAAACUUUAGAUUUUGCCUUGCAGUCUCGCAGAGCCCGUAAAAAUGAUUUCAAAAAACAAGAAUUACUAGAUUUUACUGCCUAAAUUCUGAAAGUUCUUACUCACUUAGAGGAGAAUGGAGUUAUCUUGCUCAACCUCAAGCCUACAAACAUAUUCACUAACGAGGAAAUCACCUAUAAAGUAGGAGGUUUAGCUAGGAGUGAUAACAAUAUAUGGCUGAAUUCAGAAUACCUCUCUCCCGAGCUUAAAGAAGAUUUUGAAAAAAAUCCAAGUAAAUUGCCUCAUCAUCUGAAUAAAAACUACUCCAAAAAGAAGGCAGCUGUUUAUACGCUAGGAAUGAUAUUAUUGGAGGCAGCUACAUUAGAAGAUAUUAGUAAUGUGAACAGCAUCGGAAGCAGCUUGCUCUAGAGUAAAAAAUUGAAGUAAUUACUUGAUCUUGUUGAGGAAAAAUACUAAGGCUAUAGGCUAUUUCUGGAGAGAUUUUUCUUGCCAUACUCUCAACGACCAGAUAUUGUAGAAUGUUGGUGCAUGUCAUCAGAUUUAUAAAUCAUUGAUGGGAUUAUCAUGAUUGGAGAUACUUGGAAUUUUGAUAAGCUACCGUAGUCAGAGAACGAAAUCCCAUCUUCCGAAUAAGAAGAGUAAAAGCAAAACUCUGGGUCAAAGAGUACUUCGAUGGUUCUAGAUAAAGACAAGGGACCUGAGUUCACCACAGUUAAGAAGAGAUGCGGUGGUGGAUUUUACUAUAAAAAAAUUGUUAAAAAAGAUUGA